UUUACCAGCAGGAGUCAUGAAACGGGGAGAGGCGCUUUUUCUCCCGCACCUCACUGAAGCUGAGAGCGCAAAACAUUCGCACGUCGGAACGGAGGACGGACGCAAACUUUAGUCCCCGCGUCAGUUGUCUGUGAGGGGGACGUGAGAGUCGCCCGUCUGCCGCUGUCUCCGGCUGCUGCUCGCUACUUUGUCGCAGUUCGUCGGCAGUGAUUUACGGGGCAAUGCUGGAGAAGGACACGUUUGGCAGAUUCCAUCUCUUAUUUACUCGCCUCUCGCCUCCGAACUUCUCUUCGAACGCAGAGCUGGGGGUUUAAUCUGCCUCACGUCGCAAAGAGGUGGUCAGCGGGGCUUCAGCGUCACUGGACCCUUCAAGAAUGUCGGGGCCAACACAAAACAACAAAGCUCCUCAGUUCUGACCCAAAAUGGAACUCAAGGUCUGGGUGGAUGGAGUCCAGAGGGUCGUGUGUGGGGUCACAGAGGCAACAACCUGCCAGGAAGUGGUCAUCGCUUUGGCUCAGGCCAUAGGUCGCACUGGCAGAUACACUCUGGUUGAAAAAUGGCGAGACACCGAGCGUCACCUUGCUCCCCAUGAAAGCCCAGUGGCUUCCCUCAAUACCUGGGGUCAGUAUGCUGGCGACGUACAGCUGAUCCUGCUCCGUACCGGGCCGUCCCUGACGGAGCGCCCUCCGUCAGAGGGGCCCCCUCUUAGAGGACCUGAGCGUGGACUCUACAGACAGAGCCUUCCUCCUCUCGCCAAGCUCCGGCAUCCCAACGAUCGAUCUCUUCGGCGGCGGGAACCACGUCGAAAGUCGCUCACCUUCACGGGUGCGCCGAGAGGACUCAGGGAGAUUCUAGGUGGAGGUCGGAGCGGAGAGGCUGGAAAGCAGAGACUACUGAUGGGAAGCGGUGGUGGCCAUGCUGGAGGUGGUAAUGCUGCGCACGGCCUGUGGGCCUGUCGCAUGGAGGACCUGGUGAGACUCAUCGGUCUGCAGAGAGAAACCCUCAGCGUGCUGGAGAAAAAGCUGCAAGCUUACGAGGCCGAGCUGCAGGCCUGGGCAGAGAUGCAGGGGAGUCCAGGAGUCGGAGCAGAUCCCAACGGAGGACUCGUAGAGGAGAUCAUGAGGCUCGAAAAGCAUCUGAGGAAGAACGAGGUGGAAAUGGAGGAGGAGGAGUUCUGGGCCACUGAGCUGCAGAUUGAGCUGGAGAGCGAGAGACAGCUGGAGGAGAGGCUGCAGGAGCUGCGUGGCCGACUGCAGGGCUGCGAGAAGGAGAUUGAGGAGAAGCUGGCGAUGGUACAGGGGGUGGAGGCCGGUCUGGAGGAGGAGCGGCUGCAGAGGGAGCGCCAGGAGACUCAGUGGGUCAACGAAGCCGAGGCUCGCGCUCAGAUCCUGAGAGUCAAGGCUGAGUUGAAAUCGCAGGAGAGACAAGCUGUCCAGCUGGAGAGCAGCUGCAGAGCCGUGGACCGCUCCCUCGGCCAGAGCAGCAAGAAACUGCAGGACAUGCAGCACGAGCUGGAGCAGCUGACCAAGGAGCUGCGGCAGGUCAACCUGCAGCAGUUUAUCAAGCAGACCGGCACCAAGGUCACAGUGCUGCCGGCCGAGCCCACUGAGGAUGAAUGUUCCGGGAUCGAAUUUGGACCCCUGUCUGGCUCCCUCAGGCGUCCUGCGUCCCUGCACCCGAUGUCCAGUCACCUCAGAGUCCUCAAGAGUCCCCUGAGCUCCGGCCUGAACCCAGAGGGGAUUUAUGUCUGAUGUGCGAAUCUCUCAGUUCUGCUUGAAGGGACCUUCCAGCUCCCUGAAAGAACUUUUUUUUUUUCUUUUUCUUUUUUUUUCCCUCCUCCUCCUCCUCUCACCCCAUUUAGAAGUGGACGCCGCUGCAGCGACGGCCGUCCACUCUGCACUGCUGUGUGAAGGAACCAGAAGUGAAGGACCUGCAGAGGAAGUCAUGAAGCACUAGCUGGAUGUUAUGACAUGUAUGGAAACCACUUUGGUUGGUCGUGUUCCUCAGCGACGCUCAUGUGGAGCGCCGAUGAGUUGCUUCUCCAUCGCGAUCAUUCAGAAUGGCCUUUUGACGUCGUGUAGUUGGUAUGCAAAUCGAUGAAUUCCUUAAUGCCUGAUGGAAGUAAUGAAGGAUCUAUAUUGAAACUAUAAUCAAUCUUAAUCUUGUAGCUAUCAUUUCCUGUUCAUGUUUAAACUAUGCACAAAUACUUUUGUUACCGAUGAAUGUUGUUUUCUUAGCUUUGAUGUAGUGAAUGAUUCUAUUUUAUUAAAAGACAGAAAUGCCCUCAUUCCUGCGAUGAAACAGUGUUCACUUUGAUAUAGUAUAUAUUUUGCCAGAUUUAUGAUGCUUGUCGGGAUCAGUGGCCAAAGACUUGCCGGUUCUGUUGCAUGAUUUCGUUGUUACUAUAGCCAUAUCUGGAUGUGUCUGGCAGCCGCGCUGCUCUCAAUCAGUCUUUACUUAUAAAUGGCGGCAUGUUACUGCGGAUAGAUACUUUGAGUGUGUCACCUCCUGUUUGGAGUCGGAACAGCCAAGGUGCGAGUCCCCCGAGGUCUUAGUCCAAUCACAGUAAAGUGCCUUACAUUCAUCCACCAUCCGGUGCAGUGAAGCUCUUGGAAAGGUGAUUUUUAAAGCGCAACAUGAGGAGAGAACAGUCGCUGCAGCGGACGCAUGAUGCUGAACUGCUUUCAUUGUCUUCUCAUUUCAUGUCCCAUGAAUUUUGCUGUUCAAAGUGGAAAUCCACCUCCAAACAGUCAGACACGUCUUGGCGCUACUCUUGACCCAGUGCAGUGUACGAUCCUCGUGGACGGAUCUCGGUGAAUUCCCCCUUUAAGAAUCAACCGUCAUGCGUUUCUCUUAGCUGUGACCUCGUUUACAAGUGUUUUCUGUGCAGAGAAGAUGUCAACUGUACAUAGCUGUUUUUAUUGACCGAUGUUUGGCUGCGACUGGCUGCUGAUAUGACAUGACUGCAUGAUUCAAUAAACCGACUUAUUAAAAAAUACAGCAAUAUUUAUUGGAAGUGUUGUCUUUUUUUGCACACACGCAUCUAAACUUUCACAUAGUCUGUCAAUUAUGUAAGGAAUGGAAGAAAAACAUAUUUGGGAAAAAAAAGAUGGAAAAAGUGUAUGUGUAAAGGAAGAAGAAGAAAAACCCAAACACUAAAGAGAUAAGGACGGGGGAAUUUAUUGUUUUUUUAGGAGGAAUUUGGGGCAAAAGUAAAUACUAAAAGAAAUGUAAGUGGGAAAAAAAAUGACAAAUGGGUGGAGAAAAAGACAAUGGAAAAGCAAAAAAGAAGAUUCAUAUAAAAAGGAAAAAUAUCAGAAAGGUGAUAUACUAUUCAAAGGGGAAAGAAGAGAAAAAAUACAAAUAUUUACAAAGAUGGGGGCAAAUAUUGGAAUAAAUGUGAAUAGAAGGAAAAGAAAAAAAUGAAAAGAUUAACAUUUGAGGGAAAAAAGAUAAAAUGUAAACUUUUUAAAAGCAAAAAAAAAUAUUUUAUUUUUUAAGUACAAAAACAAUAUCUCUAAAAAAAAACAAGAGUAAGUAAAUAAAAUAAAAGAAACAUUUGUGGAGAUAAAAAAAA